AUGGCAUUGAACAGAAUAACCGGCGAUGAGGACCUCUAUGUCGGAGGGAUUUUUGCGCUUCGGAAGCCGGAACUUCUGGAGGAAAAGAAUAUCACCUCUGUGCUAUCUGUGAUUAAAUAUUCAUUCGAAGGAUGGGGUGACAAAGCAAAGCGAUUCAAACAUAUAAGCAUAGAUGUUGACGAUAUGGAUGACGAAGAUCUACUGGUGCAUUUCCCAUCAGCUGUACGCUUCAUUGAGCGAGGUUUACAUCCAUCACAAGUACCAACGGACACUAGUGGUGACCAGGCCACGGACCAUGCAGACCAAAAUCCUCUGCCAACAUCGGAGGCUGUCUUUGUGCAUUGCGCCAUGGGCAAGUCUAGGUCCGUCAGCUGUGUCAUGGCCUAUUUGCUCUACAAGUACCCGCAUCGUUAUGGUGGUAAACAAUUUGCCGCCUCAGCAGCAUCUACAGGGCAACGAAGAGAAUCGGCGCCUGAUGCAGUAGCUCAAGCAUUGAAAUGGGUACAAGAAUCCCGCCCGAUCGCAGAGCCCAAUCCUGGUUUCAUGCGGCAACUAGAGCUGUGGUGGGAGAUGGGUUGCCCUGCGGAUAGUGACAGUGCCGUGGAUAAUCACCCGAUCUAUCAGAGAUGGCUAUACGAAAAUAAGCUGAGAGAGGCCCGGGAUGCGGGAAUGGCGCCGGAAGCGGAUUGGAUUCGGUUUGAGGAUGAAGCUGAGCCACCGGAGGAUCAACCCAAGCCGAAUGUCCCGAAAAAGCAGCUGAGGUGCAAGAAGUGUCGGCGCGAACUUGCUAAUUCACAGUUCAUCGUGGAGCAUCAUGGUACGGACAAGACUGGAGAUGCAGCUGCGCCUUGUCCUCACAUUUUCGUCGAGACCCUUUCCUGGAUGCGACCUUACCUAGAGGACGGGUCUCUCGAUGGACGUCUUCUUUGCCCAAAUACAAAGUGCAACGCCAUUGUCGGCCGAUUUGCUUGGCAGGGACUUAAGUGCGCUUGUAGGGAGUGGGUCUGUCCUGCGUUCUCAUUGAACCGCAGCCGAGUGGAUGAAGUAGAAGCCCGGCCAGCGGGUCUGGGGAUUCGUAUGCCUCCGGGACGGAACGGAUGUUUAUAG